GUGGGUCUGUCAUUAACGAUGAGAAAAAGCUCGUGAGUUCCCCCGGACAGCAGUGGAUCCUGUGCGGGCGUAGCGGUGUGGAGCAGCAGCCAGGAUGAUCCCAGUGGGUGAAUUCAGAAACCUCGGCAUAGAGCAGAACUCAAAGUUUCGGGUCCUGAAGCCAUGGUGGGAUGUUUUCUCAGAGUACCUCUGCGUUGCCAUGCUCAUGAUUGGAGUCUUUGGGUGCACCUUGCAGCUCACACAAGACAAGAUCGCCUGCCUGCCCAGCCAUUUCACCAGCCCAACGCCUGAAGCCAUCGAUUGCAGCCACAUCCGAACCUACAGGGUGAAUGAGACGGCGCAGCACACGCUGGUUAAACCUUCAAAACCAAUUAUCACAGAAGCGCAUGGUCGCAAAAAUAACCUGGACAUCCAUCAGUAUGUGUUUGUUAACCACCACUGCUACGAAAGGUUUGUCCACUGGUUUGCAAAGUUCUUCCCAUACCUGGUUGUGAUCCACACGAUGAUUUUCAUGGUUGCUAGCAGCUUCUGGUUCAAGUUCCCAGGGACCUCUUCCAAAAUCGACCUCUUUGUUACCAUUCUUGGGAAGUGCUUUGACUCACCAUGGACAACAAGGGCCCUGAGUGAGGUUUCUGAAGAAAGAGGGGAGGAAAAGCUGGUCAGCUGGAGGAGGAACACCAUGUCGAAAGACGCCACUGAACGACAAACAGACAACGAGGACACUGUAGGGCUUCUACGCUCUUCAUCUGUUAAGUCCAACCCAGAAAAGAAAGCUCCAGAGCCUCAAUCUGCCCCCUCGGUCUUGGAUAAGAAGGAAGGUGAACAGGCCAAAGCUCUGUUUGAAAAGGUGAAGAAAUUCAGGACUCAUGUAGAGGAGGCAGACAUCUUGCGUGUCAUGUACGUGCUUCAGACAUCACUGAAAGUCUUCAAGUUCCUUUUAAUUAUAGUCUACACUUCAGUCCUUGUACCAAACAUUGAGAUAGUAGUGCGGUGUUAUGUUCCCCCUGAGCUGACCGGGUUUGAUAUCUACUGCUGUAACCACAACAAAGCCCAUCUCUUCUCCAAGCUUGCCUACUGCUACAUCUGCUUUGUGGGAGUGUAUGGACUCCUCUGCAUCUACACACUCUACUGGCUGUUUCACAGACCUCUGAACGAGUACUCCUUCGAUCACGUCAGACUGGAGACGGGCAUUAACGACAUACCGGACGUGAAGAAUGACUUUGCAUUCCUUCUGCACCUUGUGGACCAAUAUGAUGCUCUAUACUCCAAAAGGUUUGCAGUAUUUCUCUCUGAGGUCAGCGAAAGCCAUCUCCAUCAGCUCAACCUCAACUACGAGUGGACCGCCAAAAAGCUACGUACCCGUCUCGCCAAGAACGCCAGUAACCGUCUGGAGCUCCACUUGCUAAUGUUGCCAGGACUUCCUGACACAGUCUUUGAGAUUCCUGAAGUGGAGUCGCUCAAACUAGAUCAGGUAAAAAAUGUAAUUAUCCCAGCUAGUGUGGCAAAGCUUGACAAACUGAAGGAGUUAUCGCUGAUCUACUGCCCCACGAAGCUCCAACUGCCUGCCCUUAACCACCUCAAGGAACAUUUAAAGGUCCUACGUCUGGCUUUUGAAAGUCUAGAAGAGGUGCCCAUGUGGAUGUACACCUUGCAUGGUCUGGAAGAGUUAGAACUUAAUGGUCCGCUAACAAAUGAGGUGUCCAAAAGUGCCUCUCUAGACUCACUUCGAGAGCUCAGAGCCCUUAGAGUCCUCACCCUCCACUCCACCCUAGCCAAGAUUCCACCCAGCAUUGUGGACGUUGCAUUGCAGCUGCAGCGAUUGUGCAUCUCCAACGACGGAAUCAGGCUGCAAGCAUUCAGCACAUUGAAGAAGCUUACAAACAUUGUGUCUUUGGAAUUAGUGGGAUGCGAGUUGGAGCGCAUCCCAAGUGCAGUCUUCAGCCUGAUCAACCUGCAGGAGUUGGACCUGAAAGAAAACAAACUUACCACAGUGGAGGAGAUCCUGAGCUUACAGCACUGCCGCCGUUUAGUGACUCUCCGGCUGUGGCAUAACAAAAUAACCUACAUACCCGACCACAUCAGUAAGCUUCACUCCCUGGAGACGCUGGAUGUUAGCUGGAACAAACUGAGAAAGCUUCCCUCUCGGUUGUUUCACUGCACCACACUUAGACACCUGGACGUCUCCCACAACCAACUCACCUCUCUGCCUUCUGAGAUUGGCAUCCUUCAGGGUCUCCAGUUCUUCUCCGCUGCUUUCAACUCUUUAGAGACAUUGCCAGAGGAGCUGUUUUCCUGCAAAAGGUUAAAGACGCUGGCUCUUGGAAACAACUGCCUUGGGAAUCUUAGCUCAAGAGUUUCAAAUCUUGCUCAGCUUGUCAGGUUGGAGAUUAAAGGGAACCGUCUGGGGUCUCUGCCUCAUGAGAUUGGGGACUGUCCCCUGCUGACUGUCAGUGGGCUGAUAGUAGAGGACAACCUCCUGGAUCUGCUGCCUUUAGAAGUACGAACCAGUCUGAGUAACAGCUGAGUGUGCAGAGCUUUCAGUAACUAAUAUUUUCUCUGUGUUGCAUGGAGGUCGCUGCUGGUUGGACCUGCAUGGAGACAAAGGAAUACUUACAUAGAUUUAAUCUAUUCCACUGGUUGGAAAUUUUGAUAUUGCACAGACAAAAAAACGGGAAUAACUGGAAGCAAAAGGGUAACUAAGAACUAAGAUUCAUUUGUAAAAUCAGCCAUCAUGUAGUGUGUGUUGAAAUCUUUUAGUAGGCUUUUUCACACAUGAACUCCUGAAAUUUCCUGAAAAUUUUUGGAUAGGCUGCUUUGAAAACUCUCUGACUUUCCUGUUCUUCCUGACUUUCUUGUUCA